AAAAAAAAAGAAUUUCAAUUUGCAAACUUUCAGGUUCGAUUAUGGCGUAAAAAUCGUUCAAAUUCGAUCUGUAAAAAGGAUAACUGGGGACGGACAAGAUGUUGCAAAGGUGUUGACCUAAAUCGAAAUUUUGACUUUCACUUCAAAGAAAGUGGUACAAGCGAUGAUCCAUGCUCUGAAAUAUAUCAAGGUACAGGUCCAUUUAGUGAACCGGAAACGCGUGCUGUUCGGGAUGCAAUCUUAUCAAAUCGGUAUCGUGGUCGUAUUGACGCAUUUGUAACCCUGCACACAUAUUCUCAAAUUUGGAUUCAUCCGUAUGGUCAUAAAAAGGACACGUAUCCCAUUGAUAUACAAGACCUGUAUGAUGUUGGUAAAAAAGCAACAACAGCACUUAGCAAACUUUAUGGCACAAGAUACGUACUCGGCAGUGGUGCGGACACAUUAUAUCCGGCAUCAGGUGGUUCUGAAGAUUGGGCAAAACAGUCAGCGGGUAUCAAAUAUGUUUAUCUGCUCGAAUUGAGACCAGACGAAAAAAAUUGGGAUGGUUUUAUACUGGAAGAACGACAGCUGAUACCAACAGCAGCUGAAACUUGGGCUGGUGUACGAGUUGUAGCUGACGAAGUUAUCGUCAGAGCUCGUCGGCGAACUACACGUUCAUGGGUAACAGUAGUGCAACGAUAUUCUGGCUAA